GGCAAGUAGGAGGGAGCAAAUUACAUCUGAGAGAACCCGGAGCAUUUCCGCGUAUUCUGCCUCCAUCCUCCGCCUGAUGGCCGACACCAAGGAUGAAACAAAGCUUCAAGAACCACAAUGUCUGCCUAAUGAUUACUCAUCUUAAGCUGAAUACAUUGUGAUUUCCAGUAAUAGAGACAGUAUUUCUGAAGGCUGUCUACAUUAAUGAAAAGAGCAAUGUAGUCAGCUUAGUUGAAUCAUCUGAGUUCCCACUUGAAUAAUGCUUUAUACAAGCUGGACAUUCGCCUUUUAGAACUAAAAUUAGUAAUUUGUUAAGUGCAUACUUUUUUAGUCUUUAGAUUUAGUAUUAAGCAUGGAGCAAUGUGAGGAUAUCCCCCCUCCCCCUGAUGAACCUGGAUGCAAGGAGAUGGAGUUCACACCUGCUUGUCCCCCACCACUGCCGCCAAAUGAAGAGCCUCCACCACCUCCCCUGCAAACGUCCAGUGACGCAGAGGUAAUGGACGUUGGCUCUGGUGGUGAUGGACAGUCACAAACCCCAGCUGGGGACCUGCAGCUAAACAACGGAGAACAGCUACUAACUAAAGGGUCAUCUACAUACAAGAGCCAUCCUGCAGUACUAGAUCCAAUGCAAAGUGGCCGAAGCCCCAGAACAGCUCGCCAUGCCCCACCAGUUAAGAGGUUUACCCCUGAUCUUAAGUUACUUAAAGAUGUUAAAAUUAGUGUAAGCUUUACGGAGAGUUGUAAAAGCAAAGAUAGAAAGGUGCUUUACACUGGAACAGGUUCAGAGAGUCCAACAGACAUAGAUAGCAAUAAAACUGUCAAUGGAGACUUGCAUGUUUGUCCUUUUGCUGAUAGUAGCAAUGGUGAAAGUAUGGGUAAUGAUGAAAUUACAAGUAACAGAAAUGAGGAGCCAGAAAUCGAUCAGGAGAAGAAAGUGGAAUAUGCUGUUCUGGAUGAUCUUGAGGAUUUCGCAGAGAAUGUGAUGGAUGUGGAUGAGGAUGGAGCCGAAUUUGUAUCAGAAACCAUCUUACAGGGGGAUAAGGUUGAUGACGAAUCUCUGAUUUACAAUUAUGAGGAUGAUUUUGAUAAUGAUGUGGAUGCACUAUUGGAGGAGAGUCUUCAUACACCCAAAAAGAGAAGACUAGAGGAGAAAUUUGAAGACAGUGACCACCAUUCUGACGGCGAGACCAGCGUUCAACCAAUGAUAACAAGGAUAAAAACUGUUCUGAAAAGUCGUGGACGUCCUCCAACUGAGCCCUUGCCUGAAGGAUGGAUAAUGACAUUCCAUAAUUCCGGCAUUCCUGUCUACCUGCACAGAGAAACACGAGUGGUGACCUGGUCCAGACCUUACUUCUUGGGAACUGGAAGCAUCAGAAGACAUGAUCCUCCCUUCAGCAGUAUUCCUUGCUUGCACUACAAGAAAAUGAAGGAUAAUGAAGAGAAGGAGAAAAAUGACUUCUUUUCAACCCCCGCUCCCUCAGAGUCUGUAGGUGAAAAGUCAUUGGAGCGCAGUUCUGAGGAAGCAGAACCUGCCACUGGCGAUAGCUUUGUUUCUGAUGACAAAGAGCGUACAAGUGAAGUCGCACAAGGAGCACUGGGACAAGUCAGAGCCAAAGUAGAAAUUUGCAAAGAUGAAUCCAUUGACAUUGAAGAUUUCCGAAGCUACUUGGAAAAAAGAUUUGAUUUUGAACAGGUUACUGUUAAGAAAUUCAGGACAUGGGCAGAAAGAAGGCAGUUUAACCGUGAAGUAAAACGCAAGUUAGCGGAAUCCGAAAGACCAAUUUUACCUGCCAAUCAGAAACUUAUAACAUUGGCUGUUCAAGACGCGCCAACAAAGAAAGAAUUUGUUAUUAAUCCCAAUGGGAAAUCUGAAGUCUGCAUCCUCCAUGAAUAUAUGCAGAGAGUCCUAAAAGUUCGUCCUGUUUACAACUUUUUUGAAUGUGAAAACCCAAGUGAGCCUUUUGGAGCAUCUGUGAUUAUAGAUGGAGUGACCUAUGGUAGUGGGACAGCAAGCAGCAAAAAGCUGGCGAAGAAUAAAGCUGCUCGAGCUACGUUAGAAAUCCUUAUUCCUGAUUUUAUAAAACAGACUGCUGAUGAAAAGCCUAAAGACAGUGAUGAGCUGGAGUAUUUCAACCAUAUCAGUAUUGAGGAUUCACGAGUGUAUGAGUUGACAAAUAAAGCUGGACUUUUGUCACCACAUCAGAUUCUACUUGAGUGCCUUAAAAGAAACCAUGGAAUGGGUGACACAUCUAUAAAGUUUGAAGUGAUUCCUGGCAAGAACCAGAAGAGUGAAUAUGUUAUGACUUGUGGAAAGCAUACAGUGAGAGGCUGGUGCAAAAAUAAGAGGGUUGGAAAACAGUUGGCAUCACAGAAAAUUCUGCAGCUACUCCAUCCUCAUGUGAAAAACUGGGGUUCCCUACUACGUAUGUACGGUAGAGAGAGCACCAAGAUGGUGAAACAGGAAACCGCAGAUAAAAGUGUGAUAGAACUCCACCAAUAUGCUAAAAAGAAUAGGCCAAAUCUUCAUAUUCUGAAUAAGCUGCAGGAAGAGAUGAAUAGACUUGCACAGGAGAGGGAAGAGACGAGGAAGAAGCCGAAGAUGACGAUUGUUGAAUCUGCACAGCCCGGCAAUGAACCCCUGUGCACAGUAGAUGUCUGACUGGAGCAAUAAGAAACUUUGGAGGCUCGCUUUAAUAAACUGUUCAAGGGAUGCUGAAGAUGAUUGUGAUAUGCAAACAGGGCUGCUUCCUUAUGCAUAGUCCGUUUUUACUUCUUCUGCACAACACUGCAGAAAUCUUACCUCCCUUACGAGAUUGUGUGCCAUUUCACCCUGUUUGAGUUCUGUCUUGUGGUCCAAAAGAGCAUUGCUGAGAUGUGCACAUCUAAUAGGUUUAUGCAUUAUGUUUAGGACAUCAAGCACUUUCCCCUUUUUAAGGGACAAAUCUGGUAACUGUGCAUUGGUCUUGUAUAUGAAACUUCUGUAAAUCAAGCGUUAAAUAUUUGAGUGGCCGCAUCAUACUAUGGUAACCACUGCAAUAUAUUUCUUUGUGGUUACUGCACACACAAUGGAUAAAUAUUUGAAUCAUGAAAUGA